UGUGUCGGGAAUGUUCGGCCCAAGUUCGUUGUACUCCAGUUACACCUCGACAAAGACAGACAUUGGCUCAACGGAGCCGGCGCAGACGACCCCUCCCCCACUCAAGGAGGUCACGGCACUGAAGGAAGAGAGUUUGUGUGAAGAACGCACCCUGGUUACUCCAUCGUCACCUCCGCCAGAUGUGGAGGAGGGUCCCAGCAAAGUGGAAGCCCCUCCAAACCAGACAGCGCUCAACCAGGCUGACCCCAUCAGCCAGACCCUCAACAACCCCAUGAAGAAAGUGAAGAAACCCGUGCCGUCUCGACCCACCUUCCCACCGCCGCUCCACCCGAAGGCCAGCCUGCCCUGGACCUCGAAGCCCAUGUGCGCCUCCCUCACCGAGACGAUCGAUGAGAGGCCCAUCGUCCGCCGAGCGACUGCCUGCCCGGUGCGGGUGCCCGCCGUGCCCCCGCCCCCCGUGCCGGCCCCCCGCACCCACCAGCGCACCACCAGCCUGGGCUCGGCCCACCUUCGGCUGGGCGACCUGCCGGAAGCCGGCGGUGACAGCGGCAAGCGGCCGCCAGAGGCCUUGGUGAAGACGGCGCCCUGCCAACCCCGCUCCCCGCAGGUCAGCUGGGACACGGAGUCGCAGCCACAGUCGAAGCCGCAAGCAACGGCCAGGGUCAGGGUCCUCUCCGCCAGUCAGGCCAUGUUGGCCGGGACCAACCCCAAAGUGAAAGGAUCACUGAGCGUGGAGAGAAGUGGUCCUCAGGAGCAGUCACCAGAUGCCACCACCUCUGGCAACCCACCCAACUACACGACCUAGAAUCGGGCAGCGCUGGAGCACCUGAAGUGCAGAUCAAGAUCUUUGGUGCAGAUGGUCUUCUUGGCCUCCACUUCAUUGCAAUGAGAGUACGGUAACUCGCGAUCUUUAGGCUUUGUGUAGUUUAGUUUAGAGAUACAGUGCGGAAACACCUGGUGCGCUCCGACCAGCGACCCCCGCACACUAACACUGUCCCACACACACCAGGGGCAACUUACAAUUUUACCGAAGCCAAUUAACCUACAAACCGGCACGUCUUUGGGGUUUGAGUGGAAGCCGGAGCUUCCGGAGGAAACCCCACGCAGGUCACGGGGAGAACGUACAAGCUCUGUACAGACGGCAUCCGUAGUCAGGAUCGAACCCGGGUCUCUGGCGCUGUGAGGCGGCAACUCUGCCCGUUUGAUUGGGCAGGGGAGGGGGAAAUGCCCAAUUGACUCGGCAGAUCCUAGCCUCCUUGUGGCCAGCUACAAUGGCAGGAAAUCUGAGGUAAGGAGUCAUAGAGUGACACAGCGUGAAAACAGGCCCUUUGGCCCAAACUUGCCCACUCCCACCAACAUUUUGGACACAUUAAUUCUCAAGGUGUUCAAGACUCAUCCACAAUACAUUACAUUCUCAGCACAAUUAUCUUGUCAAGCCCUGGAGUGAUACAGCGUGGAAACAGGCCAUUCGGCCCAAACUUGCCUACACCGCCCAACGU